GAGGGGGGGGGGGGGGCGCGGGGGCAUCGCGUGCCUAUACUCCCGAGCGGGCACGCCCCAUCGCUGCAGCGCGCCAAUUGAGAGAGGAGGAGGAAAGAGAGGAGAGGGUGAAGACAAGAGGGCGGCGGCAGGACCUGGAAUCCGGCGGCGCGCCGCCUCCAUCCAGCCGCUCCCGCUUCUUCCGCUCCGCCGAUUCGAGUCUCCUGCUGCUACUCCACGCCUCCACGGCCUCCGACCUGCGCUCCACCCGUCCGCCGAUUGAAGCCUCCGCCUGCAGAUCGGCGCCUCCGACCUCUGCAUCUUCUUCCUCUUCUCCAACCAAUCCGGGCGGACUUCCUCCACUCCUUCUCCAUCCACGAGCUCCUGGUUCUUCUUCCGCCUCCCUGCCGGCACUCCCUCCCGCAGCUGCAUCACACGGACAAGGGUUCCUUUUCCUCUCCUCUUCUUUCCCUCUGCUAGGCUGCUAGCGCAUCUGCUUGUGCUUGGAGUUGGUGCUCUGCUCUGCUGUAGUGCUGCUAAUCUGAUAUAUAAGUAGAUAGCUUUGUGUGAAUGUGUGGUGUGUGCCUGUCUGCCUGAUGCAUGUUCGUGUGCUGCCUUUUGCUUAGCUUCCGUGCGUUGCCUUUUGUUUAAUGAUUGUGUGCUCCUAGUUUAAACUAUGAAUCUCUGUGUUGUGCUUGUUGUUCAGUUAGUAUAAAAAUGCUUAAUCGCUUAUAUUUGUGAUGCUCCAUUCUAAAUGAGGAUAUGUGUAUGGCGUCGCGUCGCCGUGCGCCUUAUUUGCCUAGGCGUCCAGAAGGGGGUGGGUCGCCGCGCCUCGCCUUACCACCGUAAAGACAAUGGUGCUAACACUUUAGCUACUAUUAUAGUAAUUUCAGACUCUCAACUUCUCAAUUGUUUUACACAUAAGAAAGAGCACAAGAUGACUUUCAGUGUAAUGGCAUAAUUCUUACCUUCAUAAGUUUAAGUAUUUUUAAUCGGAAGUGUAUUUGAAUAUGACUAUCAAUUGUCAUUUCAGCAUCUUGCUAUGUCAGUGCAUAAAGCUCAUAGCUAACAUAUCACUUUAGAAAGGUGGUUUCUUUGAAAUAAUUAUCACGCCAUUGUUUUCAUGCAUUGAACAGUAGCUAGUCGUAUUUUUAGUGCUGGAAUAUUGUGCUGAGCAAUUCUGCCACUCAAUGCCAUCAUCUUAUAAAAUUGCUGGCCUGAAGCAGUGCCAUGAAGAAUUUAAACCAGAGUCAUGCAUAUUGCAGCAGAAGGAAGUUCCAUACCAUAAAAUAAGUGAUCCGUAUAGUAGUUUUAUGAAACAAUAAAAGUUGUGUAUAUCACACAAUAUGCCUGAUCCAUAUUAUUGGCAUGCCUGUCCUUUUCCUGAGUAUUGGAGCGUUUACCAAUUUAUCACCUGGAACUACGCUGAUACAAAACCACCACAUCAGCUCUUGGAGUUCCAUUGAAGUACAUGAGACUGUGUUAGCUCUGUAACUGUCUCUGGGGAUGUGGGUGAAGGCAAUAAAAGUCCACGAGCUCGGUGGCCCAGAAGUACUAAGUUGGGAAGAGGUUGAGAUUGGGGAUCCCAACGAAGGAGAAAUCCGGAUCAAGAACAAGGCCAUCGGAGUUAACUAUGUCGAUAUAUAUUACCGUACCGGAUUACAUCGAGCUCCUCUCCCAUUUAUUCCUGCAUGCUUACCUUCUUGAAACAUGGACACCUGUUCAUCCAGGCAAGGAAGCAGUUGGUGUUGUGUCUGCCGUGGGUCCUGGUGUUACUAGCUUCAAAGUCGGUGAUGUUGUUGGCUAUGCUGAUAACCCAAUGGGUUCUUAUGCUGAAGAACAAAUCAUCCCGGCAAGUGUGGCCGUUCCUAUACCCCAUGCAAUAGACUAUAUAACUGCAGCAUCUGUUUUAAUGAAGGGAAUGACUGCAUAUAUCCUUGUGCGACAAGCCUUCAAGGUCCAGAGAGGCCACACUGUUCUAGUCCAUGCUGCUGCUGGUGGAGUCGGUUCUCUCCUCUGCCAGUGGGCAAAUGCCCUUGGCGCCACCGUCAUUGGCACUGUUUCAACUGAAGAGAAGGUCGGCCAAGCAACCCAAGAUGGAUGCCAGCAUGUGAUAGUGUACACGAAGGAGGAUUUCGUUACCCGGGUUGCUGAGAUCACGUCAGGGGGAGGUGUUCAUGUUGUCUACGAUGCCGUCGGGAAGGACACAUUCCAGGGAUCGUUGGCGUGCUUGAUGCUGCGCGGCUGCAUGAUCUCCUAUGGCCAGUCUUCAGGUAGUAGGCCAGACCCUGUCCGGCUGAGCGAUCUCGCGCCAAAAUCGUUGAUCCUCGGCAGACCAGGACUGAUGCACUACACCACCAACCGCGACGAAUUGCUGCAGGCUGCUGGUGAAGUCUUUGCCUGCAUCAUGUCCGGGGUGCUGCAGGUACGCGCCAACCACGUGUACCUGCUGUCAGAGGCUGCCCGUGCGCACAAGGAUCUUGAGGCCCGGAGAACAUCCGGCUCCAUCGUGCUGAUACCUGACAGCCAAAGGUUGUAGGCGAAUGCAAGUGUUAGCCGUGGCCUCUGGUUCUGCAUUGCAAUAUUCAGAGUUUUGUGCAUGAUAAUGUUGCUCUGGGAUGCACUCUGCUAAGCAGUUUAUGUUGACAAUUGUCAGGUACUGUGAGAUUUCAAAAAAAAAAUUAUCAGAUUGUCUUGGUGGAUGAAUCCAUCAUGUGAAACAGUAUAUGCUGUCUGUCUAUAUUGUGAGGUACUGUGAGACUUCAUAAAAUUCUAUCAGAUUUUCUUGGUGAA